GGAAUUGGUGUUUUGUGUGUAAGAUGAAAUAUUUUCAAUGUGAUUGAUAGUUGUGAUUAAAUAACUUCAAAAACCAUAAAAAUACUAUGUUAUAAGUUAAACAAUUUAGACAUUCGGCGAUAUUGUUCUUGAGAAAUCAAAAUCUCAAAGAAAUGUAAGAAAAUCACACCCAGCCUUGAGAAAGAUCGGAAGUUUUGUCUUCCAGAUGAAAAAUUGGCAAAAGCCUGGUUACGAAAGAAACGUUAUGAAAAAGAUUUAUUCUUAAUGGGACAUGAUGCACUGCGAUUUUCUAUAACGGCUUUCUCGUUUUCUUGUGCAAACGAACCAUUAUGGCCAGAUAAUCGUACUGAACAAAGCCAGCCACCCAUGUGUUUAAUGAGAUAUGCCUACUGAACACAUCCAAUUGCUACAACUUUUGACAGCUCUCCCACAUUUUACAUUUUGUAAACAAAAAUAAGAAAAAAACAUGGACAUGGUUGGCCGGGUUUUGGAAACUAUAGCGGAUGGAAUUGCCAUAGAAAUCCUCAAUGGACACGCUAUAAUCACUGGAAAGGGAAAUGAGCUGCAUUUAUUUACCAGACCUCAAAACAAUGCCGAAACAGAGCACACAUCAAUGUGGGAAGAACAGGUGCUGGACACCAAGUUGAUAAACAAAAUCCAUGGCAUACACAAAAAUCAUCAAGGGAAUGUUUUGUUGGUGUAUGGUGAAAAAGAAUUUGUGCUGCUGCAGGCAUGCCAAAAUCAAUUCAUAGAAUUCUUUAGAGCUUCCUUAAGCGAUUGGAUAAGCUGUGGUUGUUUUAUUAUCAAUCCGCAAGAAGUGGUCUUACUAACUGCCCAUAGUAUAAUCUUGCGUUUUGAUUAUGAUGUUUUGGAGAAGACAUGUAGCCUCAAAGAAAGAAUUUCUUGCACUGAUAAAUCAACCUUAUAUUGUGCCCAUUUAUAUGGCACAACAUGGAAAAAAUUGGUGGUUUUUUCGGGUAAUGCUUUUGGAGAGCUUCUUAUAUGGCAACCAUCUCAAAAUGCUGCAGAUAUGAAGCUGCCCACAAAACCUAAAAUGUCUUCAUUGAUUCAUCGCAUUCCCGCCCAUAAUGGGGUGAUAUUUUCCAUUGACUACGAUGAGAAUGCUGAAAGACUAAUUACCACCAGUGAUGAUCGUGCUGUUAAAUGGUGGAAAGUACUGUUGUUAGAAGCAAUGGAAAGUAAUUGGGAAAAGUCUUCUCUCAAGCCAGUGGCCAGCGGUUAUGGUCACAUUUCAAGAGUUUUUAAAGGCCGCAUUAUAAGAAAUGAUUCCAAUGUUUAUGCUUUAAGCGUAGGCGAAGAUUCUUAUCUAUGUCUGUGGAAUGGCAAAGGUGAACUGUUAUUCAAAAGAAGACAACAAUUUGGAGCCACUAUAUGGAAUUUUGCAUAUGAUCAACAAAGCAAAACCGUAUAUACCAUAGGAUCCAAUGGCAAUGUGGUGGCUUAUGAUAUGUCCUGCGAACUACAAAAGGAAACUAAACCACCAAACAUCGAAUUGUUGUUGCCCAUAGUUAACGAAGAGCGUCCAAAGGAGUAUAUAGCAAAAGUAAAAUUUCUUGGUGACCAUGACAUUGUGGGUAUAACAAAUGAAAACCGUUUAAUGAGAUUAACAUUAGAAAGCCAAAACAAAGUCGCUGACAAUAAUAGUUCGUCAUGGAGUUUAAUAGAAGUGGCAGGCAUGGAUUUCAAAUGUACUGUAAUGGAAGUUUACGGCAAUCGUAUAGCUAUUUGUGGUUACAAGCGUUUGAUGGUAAUUGAAUGGAAGAAGGAGAAUUAUAGAUUUGAUAAAAUUCUCGAUGAACACAUGCUCGAAGGAGUUAUACAUGGCUUCAUAUUCUUUUCACAAGAAGAUUUCUUGGUAGGCGACAGUAAGGGCAAUUGUGUGCUAUACCUGGAAGCACAAAAUGUCAGACGACAAAUGAAAUUGCCUGUAUGCAAAGAGCCAUGGCUAACCACAGCUUUACUAAUCAACCAAGGGCAAUUUUUGAUGGUAACCAACCGCUUAGGAAAUCUUUUGCUUUAUAAAUUGAACUCAGCCGAAGGCAACUAUGACUUAUGUGAUGUCAUAAAACACAUACAUGGAAAUUUAGGAGCCACCCAGCUACAAGUUGUGUGUGAAACUAAGCAUAAGGCGUUGGUACGCUCUUGUGGUCAUGAUGGUGCCAUCAAAGUUUUUUCCCUAGAUUUUGAAGAGGUAAAACUCAAUUUUUGCUAUCGAGAAAAUGUGCCUUUAUCAUGUGUGGAAAACAUCUGCAAGGAAGAUUUUACACACGACUUAUUUUUGGGAUUUAAUGACAGCCACUUUGUGGUUUGGUCCAGAAAAUAUGAUGUUUUGAUAAAAUUGGAUUGUGGGGGAGGGCAUAGAUGUUGGCAUUUUAGAACAGAUUUUAACGACAAUAACAUUUCUUUGGUGUUUAUAAAGAACAAGAGAGUGAAAUUCCAUAGAAUGCCCCUCAUAAAUCAAGGCUUGAUGUAUUUGCCUGCAGCUAAGCGUUGGCACACCGCUCCUUGUAAUACUAUGGAAGCCUUAAAAUCCAAUGAUGCUACUCAGGAUAACAUUGUUGUCACAGCUGGAGAUGAUAUUAUUAUAAAAAUCCAUACUCUAACCAAGCAUCAAGAACUGGUUCUGCGCAAAGAAUUGCACAGCCACAUUUCCAAUGUCAGAACUUUAAAGCUCUUGGCAUUGAACUCGGAAGAAUUUUUAAUUUUCUCUGGUGGAGGCAGGGCCCAAUUAUGCAUAGCUAAGGUAAAUUCUCAAAAUUUUCACAUAGAGGAAUUACAGAAUUAUACAUUGAAAGCUAAAGAAGGCAUGAUGACACCAGCUGCGACAAAUAAACAAAACCAGGAAAAGUACAAUUUUAAUCCAGAGACUCGUUUGAUGUCCAUAGACAUCAAAGAACUAGACAACAAAGGCAAUUAUCUGCUAUUCAUAGGCUGUUCGGAUGGCUAUAUUCGCUGUUUAAUAUUCGAAUUAUCCUCACUGGUUAUUGAACAAGCCUACGAAUAUUUUUGCAAUCGUUGUCUAUUGCAAGUGAGAUAUAUAAAAGAAUACGAUCACCUACUCACUGCCGAUACAAAUGGUAGGGUAUGUAUUUUUAACACCAAUCUAGAAUUAGUUCAAGGUCCGUUACAUAUACAAGAUGGUGGCAUAAAUGGCAUUUCUACCAAAUAUAAUGCCGACAAAAAUACCCUUGAAAUUUUUAGUUCUGGUGAUGGCCAACAAAUUGCCUAUACCGUACUGGACACCACCACUUGGUCGAAAACUUCCCUCAGUCGCUUUUGGCAUGUACAUACUUCCCAAAUAUGUGCUGCUGUUUUAUCUACAAAUGGUCGCUAUGGCUACACUUGUGGUGUAGAUCAAUGGCUAUACAAAAUAGAUAUACAUUCAGGGGAUGUAGUGGAUAGUUUUUAUUCUUGUGUGGCUGACAUUAAAGGUUUGUGUCUCCUUCAGGACGAAAUUUGCCUUAUAUAUGGAAAUGGUUUGCAAGUGUUUAUGUUUAAUAAAUAAAACUUAAAAUGUUA